AUGGAUAGAUCUUCUAAUGAUGCUGGCCGACUCAUUGGCGAACAUCCAUUAUCGACUCUUGCAAAGACGCGUCUGGAUGUGUUCCAUAGAGCGUUCUCGUCCGAUAACCUCACCCCAUCCUCCAUCGAAAGUCUACGCAAAGCCAUACGCACCGAACUUGACGCUUUCGAGUCCAUCAAGUCACAAUUGGCCGAAGUGCUCAAUGCCUCCUUGCCCAUUGCUUCUCUCCCUACUGAGGUUCUGUGUGCUAUUUUCGAACUCGUCGCGCGGAACCAUCGUCCGCGUGGUCCUAUCCUCCGUGAAAGGAUUGAUGUUGGGCACUCAUACCCGUCGGGCAACGAGAUGGCGGAGCCCGACUGGCUCCUCGGACAGGGCGGUCGCCUCGGGUGGAUUUCCCUAAGUCACGUCUGCAGAGCAUGGAGACGCGCCCUUCUGGCUCAUACUGCGCUGUGGGCCGAUGAGCUCGGCUCUCUACCCGAUGCAUUUGACGAAGUACUGGCCAGAUCAGGCGAUCUCCCGCUGACGCUGCGCACGUAUGGGUCAAGCUAUCGCGAUUCCUCGCCCUCUUGGCGAGCACUCUUACGCCAGGACGUGCAUUGCCGCGUGCAGAAGAUCCAUUGCAUAGAGACGCGCCAUCGGGCCUUAUUUGGGCAAGCCUACGCUGCCUUGACGAGUUGCCAUUUCCCUAUCCUAGAGACUCUCAGUCUCACGGCAAACGAUCCGGCUGCCAAGGAAGGCGUGACGCUUCCCAUGGUUUCUGCUCCCCAAUUACGCGAGCUGGAACUCAUCAAUACUUUCAUACCCGUCUCUUCUGAGAAUAUAGAGAGUCUAUUCUGCGAGUUGACGUUCGAAGAGGAUGGGCAGCACUCGAUCGCAAGCCGCGGCAUGAUGCGUCCUGGAGACCUGUCGUACCUGCUCAAUCGCUCCAGAGACACACUCUCGGCCAUCACGCUGGAGUUGUGCAUCCCAGGACGGCUCGCGAACUGGCAGACGCCAAAGCGCAUAUUUUUACCUAAGCUUCGGACCUUGACUGCCAACGGAUUGGAGGAUUACAGUGGCUUGAUCGAGCCUGACAUCGUGAACUUCAUGGAAGGUUUAGCUCUAAAUCUCAAUGAUGAACUCUCUUUGGUGAUCGGUAUCUAUGCUUAUGGGCACGGUGGACGGGGCAUUACUACCUACAAAGAACGUAUCAGAAGCGCCAUGGCGUCUAUCAAGGUCCUGAACCCCAACGCCUUGUCUUGUGUCGCGGCGGAGGGGCCGGAGAACCGGACCUACACCCACAGUGUGCAACUUAUGCUGUACGAUCUUGCCGCAUCGGACGGUCAAGACCCGACCACGAUCGAGGCCAUCAAACACGGACCUCCAUUGGCAGCAUCACUACACUCUCGCCCGCGAUUGCACUUCAAGACAUCCUGCGAUCAAUAUGAUCUGCGGGGUGUCGCGUUUGCGGAUUUCCUGGAUCCCAUCGGCCAGGGUAUAUCCAUCGCGAACAUCGGAACGGUCGUCUGUGGCGGCUCUCUUGCAUUCGACGAUAUUUACAGGCUCUUGCGACUUUGUACCGGCUGCCAUACACUUCAGCUCGUCAACGCGCACAGGACAGGCACAGCGAGAUGUAUGCAGGCGUUGGGAGGGAUCGCGCCCACAGACUUCUUGCCCCGUCUUCGUCACCUUUCCCUCACAUACUGCGCUCUCGCGGACCGAUUCUCGCGUGUAACAUCGCCUCGCGUAUCGCUGAGCGAGCUUGUCCGAGGCCUUGCCAGGCGGCACGAGAGAGCGGCGGGUUCAGGUGGAAUGCCUUCGACGCUUACUAUCGACGCGUCCGUUAUCUUUGCUGAAGAGGAGAGGGAAGUGGAAGCGAUGAUGCUUGCAUUGAAGGAGUUGGUACCGGAGGUUGAUUGGCGUCGUGCUUGA